AUGGGCGCGAGCAGGGUGUUUAGGCUGAACAACGGCGUCAGCGUGACGCAGGAGCAGCUGGACCACUGGAACAGGUGGCUGUCGAAGACCAGCGGGCCGCAGGAGGUGAUAAGAUGGGCUGUGAUGACGUUCCCGCAUCUGUACCAGACGACGGCGUUCGGGCUGACCGGGCUGGCGACGAUCGACAUGCUGGCGAAGCUGCGCAGCGAGGAUUCCGAGGUGCAGGUGCCUCUGAUCUUCGUGGACACGCUGCACCACUUCCCGCAGACGCUGGAUCUGCUGGCCGUGGUGCAGGAGCGAUACUACACGCCCGUCGGGCAGCAGGUGGCGGUGUUCCGGCCCGAGGGCUGCGCCAGCGAGAAGGAGUUCGCCGCAGCGCACGGCGAGUUCCUCUGGGAGCGGGACGAGGACAAGUACGACUUCCUGGUGAAGGCGGAGCCCGCCCGCAGGGCGUACAAGUCGCUGGGCUGCACCGCCGUGUUCACCGGGCGGCGCCGGUCGCAGGGAGCGGCGCGCUCAGCCCUGCAGUUCGUCGAGGUCGAUGAGCUGAACGGGAUCGUCAAGAUCAACCCGCUGGCAGACUGGACGUUCGACCAGGUCAGGCAGUACGUCGACGACAACAAUGUGCCCUUCAACGAGCUGCUGAACUACGGCUACCGGUCGAUCGGCGACUACCACUCGACGGCGCCCGUGCAGGACGGCGAGGACGAGCGGGCUGGCCGCUGGAAGGGCAAGAACAAGACCGAGUGCGGCAUCCACGAGACCAGCAGGUUCGCCAAGUAUCUGGAGAGCACUUCCACGGCCAAAUAG